UCUCGCGUGAACAUCCUGCAGACACAGUGGAUUGAAAUUUCUAAAGCUCUCAGAGUUGUCAACAAAUAUCUGCGGAGCUGCAUAUCCACAUUUACAUCGAGUUGACCCAAUAAAAACUUGCAGGCUGAAGAACCGUCUCAUCUGUGCUCAAAUAAGCACCGUUCAGUGCAAGCAGUGCGCUUGCUGAAAGUUUCUGGCUAUUUUCUCUCAUCUGUGACGCUUUAGCUUGUUAGCGUACCUCCCACAGCCGCCCGGAUGCGGUGAAGCCCCGCAGCUUUAGCUUCAGCUCUGGCCUUCCGACGUGCACGAGCGGCUUCAAUCAUGUCAAGCACUCGGCAGCAGCAGUCCGGCGGUGCAGCGGGGUCCGUCCCCGGGACGAGCUCUGGGGGAAUGAGCUGCAGCAGUGGCAGCGGAGCCGGUGGAGCGAACAGCGGGGGCAGCGGCGCUCAGAACGGGAACAGCUCUGGCAACGGAGUGUCCUCGCGGACUCUGGGAUCGGUAGCCGAGGGACAGAGUUCUCGACUGGCUUCGUCAAGCAGGAAAAGACCCCUGUACAACGGUCUGAUCAAUCCCUAUGAGGACAAGAGUAACGAUUUUGUAUGCCCUAUAUGUUUUGAGAUGAUAGAGGAAGCUCACAUGACAAAGUGUGGACACAGUUUCUGUUAUAAAUGUAUACGACAGAGUUUGGAGGACAGCAACAGAUGCCCAAAAUGCAAUUAUAUCAUUGACAAUGUGGAUCAACUUUACCCCAACUUCUUAGUGAAUGAACUGAUCCUGAAACAAAAACAGAGAUCUGAAGAGAAGCGUCUGAAACGAGAUCAUCCUAAUGGAACCAAAUGGCAGGUUUUUCAAGAUGUCCUUGGUGCAGAUCAAGAGAAUAUGGAUUUAGCCAAUGUCAACUAUAUAUUAGAGUACCUGUUGCAAAAAAAGAAACAACUGGAGGCGGAAUCACAAGCUGCUCAGCGCCAGAUCUUAAUGGAAUUCCUGAAAGAAGCCAGAAGAAAUAAAAGAGAGCAACUGGAGCAGUUACAAAAAGAACUGAACUUUUUGGAAGAGGAUAUCAAACGAGUUGAGGAAAUGAGCGGUAUGUACUCACCAGUGAGUGACAUGGACCCCAAUUUAGAUAGUACUGUACCUCAGUUUGAAGCUCCCUCACCUGCACCGAGCAGUAGCAUAAUAGACCCCCCAGAAUACAUUCAGCCCCCUUUUGGUGCAAGCUCGCAGGGUAAAAGACAAACAUGGUACAACAGCACUCUGGCAUCACGGCGGAAGAGACUGACGGCACACUUUGAGGAUCUAGAGCAGUGUUAUUUCUCCAAUAGGAUGUCUCGCAUAACGGAUGACAGCAGGACUGUUAACCAGCUGGAUGAUUUCAUGGAGUGUCUUUCAAAAUUUACCCGUUACAACUCUGUGAGGCCUCUGGCCACCCUCUCCUAUGCUAGUGACCUCUAUAAUGGCUCCAGUAUUGUGUCCAGCAUUGAGUUUGACCGCGACUGUGAUUACUUUGCCAUUGCCGGUGUCACUAAGAAAAUUAAAGUGUUUGAAUACGGCACUGUGAUCCAGGAUGCUGUGGACAUUCAUUAUCCUGUCAACGAGAUGACAUGUAACUCCAAAAUUAGCUGUAUCAGCUGGAGUAGCUAUCACAAAAAUCUGUUGGCUAGCAGUGACUAUGAGGGGACUGUCAUUCUUUGGGAUGGGUUCACAGGUCAGAGGUCAAAGGUCUACCAGGAGCAUGAAAAGCGGUGUUGGAGUGUCGAUUUCAACCUCAUGGAUCCCAAGCUCUUAGCAUCGGGAUCUGAUGACGCAAAAGUCAAGUUGUGGUCCACCAACCUGGACAAUUCAGUAGCCAGCAUUGAAGCGAAGGCCAAUGUAUGCUGUGUCAAGUUUAGUCCAUCCUCUCGAUAUCACCUUGCCUUUGGUUGUGCAGACCACUGUGUGCACUACUAUGACCUGAGAAACACUAAGCAGCCCAUCAUGGUUUUCAAAGGCCACAGGAAAGCAGUGUCCUAUGCCAAGUUUGUCAACGGAGAAGAAAUUGUGUCUGCCUCAACGGACAGCCAGCUGAAACUCUGGAAUGUGAACAAGCCUCAUUGUUUGCGCUCCUUCAAAGGCCACAUCAACGAGAAGAACUUUGUGGGUCUGGCAUCUAAUGGAGAUUAUGUAGCAUGUGGAAGUGAAAACAACUCACUGUACUUGUACUACAAGGGGCUCUCUAAGACGCUGCUGACUUUCAAGUUUGACACUGUGAAGAGUGUGUUGGACAAGGACAAGAAAGAGGACGACACCAAUGAAUUUGUCAGUGCAGUGUGCUGGCGAGCUCUACCUGAUGGGGAGUCAAAUGUGCUGAUUGCAGCCAACAGUCAAGGAACAAUCAAGGUGAGUUGUACUGCAAAACAAACUGAAUAGCUACACACAGGUCGAUAUAUUCACUGCUGAGUGCUCUAUUACUAAAAGCAGGAGGAUCUGUAGUUACAUUCACUCAGUUUUGGAAUAUUGCAUCCAUUUCUCAAAACUCUAAAUUGAUACUAAGCAUGAAAUGUGCCAUAUAAAUGCCCCCCCUCCCCAUUUCUGAAGGUACUUGAGCUAGUCUGAAGGUCCACUCAAAUCAGUCGUCGGAGCCUACUAAAGAACUGUUGCUUCACUGGCGGGUUGAUGGAAGGAUGCUAAAGCUGGACAAAACUGAAGCAAACAUUUCCAAGGAAACAACCAGCAGAAAUGGUUUUUAUCAGCAUUAUAUUUGUAAAAGACUUGAUCAUUCUGCAUCGUCAAACUAUCGCUGUAUGUGAAAUGUCGAGCUGUUUGUGCUGACAGGGAGAUGAGUGUGAAUGCCUUUUUGAAUAAAUUGUUGAAUAAAUGUAUUAACAAGUUAUUGUUGAAUAACUGAACAUCGCUAAAUGUGGAGGGGAAGAAACCUUCUCAAGCGAAACUGGUUUAAAACCUUUACUAGAGGUGAUUCUAGCCAGAACAAGAGCUAUGAGGCGUUUUUGAGGCCAAAGCACAAGACCAUAACACAAUGAAAUACGUCUUGUUUUAUAAAUUAGCUGUCUUUGAUUAUUUUGAGCCUGUUGUAUCCAUUUACUUGUUUUCGUUUUUUGAUAAACUGCGUCUGUUUAUCCAUAAGAUAUGUGUUGGCAUAUUCCGAUGGUCUCCCCAAAUUAAAUUACAGGACUUUUCUUUAGCUUUUCUGUUGGUUAUGUGGAUGUCUAUAUCAAUGGUAUUUUUUUUUUAGGUAUUUAGAAUAUACUCUUAAUUUGGUGUUUACCACAUUUUGAAAUGAUUUCAUUAUCGUAAAGUCCCAGGAAGUCAUAUACUCAUCAGACCACCUUUGCAUGAGGUUCUUCUCAGUUUUUUCCAAGUGUUUAUUCACUGAUGCGGAGGGCUCUUCCACAUGGUCACAACUGAUCAAACAUGGACUAAAUUAUAACUCAUCGAGGCUUAAUGACACUAUGUAUACUUCAUUGGGAUUAUUUAACACCACCCAUAACAUUGCUGCUCUUUCUUCUUCUUGUACAAGUGUUAUUUAUUUUAAUAAUUUAUAGAAAUUGUGUGAACAUUGGACCCAUAAUAGCCUUUAGGUUUCAAGCUUUAUUCGUAAGUCCUCUGUUGCAUCUCAGUAAUUCUGUUUGUUUAUUUACUCAUUUUAACUUUCAUUUGAAUGAAUAAAUGAUUUUCUCCCCUUUGGUUA